AUGUGGUCAAUUAACAAAGGUCAACUUGAUACAUCGUUUAUUCAAUUUACUAAAAUAACAUCAAUUGUUUUAUGUAAUAAUAAUCGACAAUCUAUUACUCUUGAUUUUUUGAAUUUUAUCGGUCGCGUCUUUCAAUCACGUAAUCAAACACUAGAAUGCAAAUAUUGGACAUUUCCCUCUCCACAUAUACUUUAUGAACAGGUCGGUUUCCCUUUUUUUACAAGAUCAUUCGUGUCAACGAGUGAAAAAAUUUAAUGUUUUCUCUUCUAAUUAUUUGAUACUUUGCAGAUUAUCAAAACAGCACAAAACACUUCCAUAUUGCCUUAUGUAACAACAUUCACGAUGCAGAAUUCUGAUUAUGAUUUACCAGAUGGCAUGUCACUCAUUAUAUGGCUUCUGUUAGCACCAAACGUUAGAAAAAUAUUUCUAGGUCAGAGGUCAAAUGCACAGAAACUGCAAUUGGGAAAAGAAUUACUCGAAUUGGUUAAGACGGAUAAUCGUCUGAACACUAUUGUUAAUCGUUUGAAUUACGUAACGAUAACUACAUUUUUCGACACAAUUGACAAUGCAACUAAAAUGAAACUUCAUAGUCUUUUUACUCAAAUCUUUCCAAAAGCCACGAUUUGUUAAUUGUAGCAGAUUUGUGAAUUCUACUGAAUUUUAAUAUUUCUUCUCAUCAGAAACAUACUGUAAAAUAUAAAAUAAUUUAUUAAGAACAAUAAAACAAUAUUCUAGAAAUGUUCAUAUGAAUCCAACAAUGAAUUUCUACUUUCUGGAAAAGAACAUUAAUGUGAUAUACAGAAUGAGCACAAUUACACUACAUCAAAUGAUACAAACCUUAAAAUAUUUGAAAAAAAAACACUCUUUGAAAAACUAUAGACAAUAUUUAAUAGGCAUUAUUUUUUUUAGCAAGAAAUAAUUUUCUUGUUAAAAAUAAAUGUGGAAACUUCGGAUAAAAAUUUGACAGUUGUGUGUACUUGAAAAAAGUGAAUUAGACAGAUGAGUCAUUCUAGAAUGUGUAGGUAUCUGUGAACACUUGAAUUCUAUUGGAUACUGCUCAAUCAAUAGGAAUGACGGGCGAAUACAGCUCAGAUUUGAAUUCUUUGGGUGUGGGUGUGGGUGUAAGUGUUCUCUUCAGCUACACCCACCCACACCAGCAUCCACACCCACACCCCACCCACACCCCACCCACACCCACACCCACCCACACCC